UCCAGACGGCCACAGAGCUGAUGGAGACGAUGCUGGCCGAGGGGCAAGCCCUCCAGCUUGUGCAGGGAGGCGAGCAGGAGCCCCCCAGCCAGCCCUGUGUCCUACAGGAUGAGGGUAGCAGUGAGCCUGACCCUGGGCUCGGAGGAGAAGCCCCCGGGAGCAGAGCUCAUUGUGGGGGGCCCGCCCCUGAGAAGAAGACGAAAGGCGCCUCCAGGGGCAGUGCCCCUGCCAAGGCUCAAGCCAAGAAGACACAGCAGCUCCUAGCGGCUGCCGCCCUCAAGGAUUCUCAGAACAUCGCCCACUUCUUCUACCAGAGGGACGAGAGCCCACCUCCGCUUUCUUCAGCUCCAGGGGCAGAAAGUGUCGGCCCCUCCUGUGAGGGGGUGCGGGCAGCCCUGGCAGCGACCCCAGAGAAGUGCACAGGGGAGGAGGACGGAGCCCUGGGACAUUUGGCUGCCCACCCCCAGACUGAGUGCACCAGGGAGUGGACAAGGAAAGGGCACAGGUAG